AUGUCUUACGCGCCGCGCCCGACGGGCUUCACGUCUCAUGUGCGGGCAUCAUCGGCAUUCGGCGGGAACAUCCCCACGCAACAGACCUCGAAUCUUCAGGCACGCAUCAAUGAGAAGAAGAUGGAGUUGGAAUCGUUGAAGCAAUUGCGCGAUCUGUCGGCAGGUCUUGCAGGACAGAUGCAGCAGCUUGAGGAGAAAUUGGCAACAUUGAGCAAUGGUACUGAGGCUGUUGCCGCUGUCAUGGGAAAUUGGGCAACGGUACUUCGGGCGAUUCACAUGGCCAGCGCGAGUAUACCGAGACCAAAAGAGAAUGACCAAGAGGACAGCGCGACAGCUCCAGAGGAACAAACACUACCCCAAACCUUGGUGCGAAUUCCAAUACAACAGGCCGAGGCAGCACAACGAGAGGAGCAAAAGCGAGCGGCGCCAGGCCACACAUGA